CGCUUCCUUCCUUGACAUCUUUUCACGGAGGUCGGAGCACGAGACGGACUCUCUCUCUCUCUCUCUCGCUCUCCAUGGAGCUCGCCGAAACCCUAACCCAAAACUGAGACCCACUCGGUUUCAUCUAACCCCUCUAUCUUUCUCCUUCCCCCCAUUUGCUACCGGAGAGGGGCGCAGCGAGCGGGGGAAUGGAGAACCACAAGAAGACCCCCGUCCGGGUCCGAUUCCGCGUGACCGCCAAGAAGCGGGGAUGUGACACUGGCGCUUCCACCGAUGGGAAGCGCCGGAGGCGCCUGGACUGCGUCAACUCCGUGCGGAAGCUCCAGCGCCGUGAGAUCGGCGGCUUCCCCUGCAUGGCCCGCGGCGUCGCCUCCGACGCUACCGAGAAGUUCCGGAACAUCCAGCUCCAGGAGGAGUUUGACGCCUAUGAUCACAAUGUUCACUGGUUUGUAAAGCUGCAGUUUCUUAAAAAAAGAUCAAAAAUCAUCGAGAUUGUUUCAGCAAAGGACAUUAUAUUUGCUCUUGCAUACUCUGGUCUAUGUGCUGCUUUUAGUCGGUCAACUAAUGAACGAAUAUGCUUCUUGAAUAUAAGUCCUGAUGAAGUGAUUAGAAGUCUCUUUUAUAAUAAGAACAAUGAUUCACUUAUUACAGUCUCAGUUUAUGCAUCAGAUCAUUUCAGUUCCUUGAAGUGCAGGACAACUCCAAUAGAGUACAUCAAAAGGAACCAGUUAGAUGCUGGGUUCCCUCUUUUUGAAAGUGAAUCUCUCAAGUGGCCUGGUUUUGUCGAAUUUGAUGAUGUAAAUGGCAAAGUUCUGACAUACUCAGCCCAGGAUGGCAUCUACAAGGUCUUUGAUCUCAAGAACUACAAGUUUUUGUAUGCGAUAUCAGAUAAGAACAUGCAGGAGAUAAAAAUCAGCCCAGGAAUUAUGCUAUUAAUAUUCAAUAGAACACCAAGUUAUGUUCCAUUAAAGAUACUUUCCAUUGAGGAUGGAACUGUGUUGAAAUCGUUUAAUCACCUAUUACACCGAAACAAAAAGGUCGACUUUAUAGAGCAAUUCAAUGAGAAGCUUCUGGUCAAGCAAGAAAAUGAGAACCUUCAAAUCCUUGACGUGAGAAAUUCAGAGUUGACUGAGGUUAGCAGGACAGAGUUCAUGACACCAUCGGCAUUCAUCUUUUUGUAUGAGAACCAUCUUUUUUUGACAUUUCGCAACAGGACAGUGGCUGUAUGGAACUUCCGUGGGGAGUUAGUCACCUCUUUUGAGGACCAUUUGCUUUGGCAUCCUGAUUGUAAUACCAAUAACAUCUAUAUCACCAGUGACCAAGAUCUGAUAAUUUCCUAUUGCAAAGCUGAAGAAGGGUGUGGUGAUGAGGGAGACGUUUCAGCUGUGGGCUCCAUCAAUAUGAGCAACAUCCUGACUGGGAAGUGCAUAGCUAAGAUAUCUGCAAGUGAUCCUGCACUGCAGACCAGUCCUCAGAGAAGAGGCAAAACAGGUCGGUCUUCUAUUAGGAGCACUGUUAGAGAAGCCCUUGAAGAUGUAACUGCUCUAUUCUAUGAUGAGGAUAGAAAUGAAAUCUACACCGGAAACAAGCAAGGUUUGAUACAUGUAUGGUCCAACUAGCUGUGGUUGUGAACGAAUAGGAUGGGCAUAGAUGUAUAUUGCCAUACACAUCUUGGGUAUCAAAAUCAAUUCUUGCAUGAGACACUAGCAGAUAUUUAGGUAACAUGUAUGUUUUGACCAAGUGUAUUUGGCUGCAUUUUUCGUAGUGUAACAUGCAUGCAAUAUAAUUUUAUGUUAAGCUUGAUGGUUCCUUUUUAAUAUUUUUUAAUCA